AUGACCACUCCCAACUCUCCGGAGGCAGUGGCCGAUUCGGCUAAUGGCUCCGCCACCGCGUAUGGCACGCGAUCGAGAGGUCGUAAUGCUCCUCGGCCUAAUUACGCCGAGGACCGUGAUUUAGACGCGGAUAUCGAUCUCUCUGCGCCAAACUCAAAGUCUGCCAAACGGCACAGUGGCGUAGCACUCAACAACAUUGUCAAUGGCGCUAAUGUGGAUGAGAAAACCUCAACGCAACCAAAAAAGGGCCUGCCCAACGGUCAGAACGCAAAUGGAUCGGCCAAAGAUGCCAUUCCAGGCACCUCUUCAUUUUCUGCCAGACCUGAGGAUGCAAAUGGAUCUAAUUUGAGAAAACGUAAACAACCCGCCAGCACGCCAAGUUCGACCCCCAACUCGGGCUCUGUGAAGAAAAUCUUCACUUCCCCUCCAGGGGAUGACGAGGGAGGUUAUUUCACCAAUAUGGUGAGUUUCGAAAACCACGGACCUUAUCUCCAGGAUGGCCAAUUAAUAGCCGACGAUGGCACCACUUUUGCCCUCAAUGAUCAUGUUUAUUUAAUUUGCGAACCUCCGGGGGAGCCAUAUUAUUUAGCCCGCAUCAUGGAAUUUCUUCCAUCCAAAACAAAGCCGGGUGGCUUGAUUGAGGCUAUGAGAGUCAACUGGUACUACCGUCCACGAGAUAUCCAGCGCCAUUCUCCCGAUAGUCGAUUUGUUUUUGCUUCAAUGCACUCCGACACCUGUCCCCUUUCUUCAUUACGGGGCAAGUGUGACAUUCGACACGUGUCAGAGAUUGAGGACGUCAGUUGUUACAAGAAGACCAGGAACAGUUUCUGGUACGACAAAAUGUUCGAUCGAUAUAUCCAUCGCCUUUAUGAUGUCAUUCCGACCAAAGAUAUCAUUAAUGUUCCGAGCAACGUCAAGAAGGUUCUCGAUGAACGCUGGAAAUUUAUUCUUGUCGAGAUUGGCAAAGGGAAAGAAUUGACCGGGGCCGUCAAGACGUGCAAGCGAUGCCGUUUAUAUGCUGCAAACUCCGAAUCCGUUGACUGCGCGGUUUGCAAUUCAACAUAUCACAUGCACUGUGUACGACCCGCCUUAACCAAGAAACCAGCUCGAGGCUUUGCUUGGGCUUGUGCCGCUUGCAGUCGCGCCCAAGAGCGUAAACUCGAGGCACGCAACACACCAUUAACUGGCGGCAUCCGAACAGAUGGCGAAGAUGUGAUCAUGGAAGAAGAGGAGGAAGAGGAUCCCCAUAAUCAUGCAAAUGGUAUAGAAAACGGCACCUCCGCCAGCACUCCCGCGGCAGAGGAAAAUUUCAUGCCUCAGCCCGCAACCGUGGAACAGAUUGCACAGGCCAAAAUGUGGCCUUAUCGAUACCUGGGUAUUCACUGCCGCGUGGAGGAUGCUCUGGACUACGAUGAUCGAAUUUACCCCCGAGCUAGCUCACGUCUAGGAACACGACACCAGGCAUUGGUCCCCGCUUGGCCCGGCCGCCCAGUUGAAUACGUGAAGCCUCUUGAUGCGAAGAAGAAAUCAAAGGUCCCCGGUGGCAAAAAGGAUGGCAAGCUCUCUAAGGAUGCGCAGGCAGCAAUGGAGGCUGCAAAGCGCGAGAGGGCGAACCGACCACCAUGGGUUCAAGAUGAGCCAGCGGGAUACAUACAUCGUGGUCUGGACGAACCGGUCACAAUAAAUGGAAAGCAGACACGCACAGCUGAACUUCAGUUCAAAAUGCCGGGUCCCGAUCAGAUCCCCGCCCGUGGCGAAGAUGAUGCACCAGGCUCUCAUUUAAGCGUUGAAGACCGGGAAAAGUUCAUCGAUGACUAUAUGCGGCAAGCCAAGGAACUGGCCCCUGGUAUUGGAGUUGAGAAAUACUCCACGAAUUUCCUCGACAGAGCCCUUGCACUUCUUUACUCUGAGAGCUUCGAUGUUCAGGCUGCUCUGGCUAAGCUGAAGAAAACCAACAAGUACAAGGAUCUUAAAGAGCCUCACAUUCGACCGGAGGAACUCAAGCUAUUCGAACAGGGUGUCGCUAAGUAUGGAUCCGAAUGGCGCAAUAUCAUGAAACACGUCAAGACAGUCCACAUCUAUCAGAUCGUCCGUUUCUACUACAUGUGGAAGAAAACCCCCAGCGGCCGGAAGAUUUGGGGCAGUUAUGAAGGCAGACGCGGCAAGAAGGAAGUACGUCGCCAAAGUGUAAUUUCCUCCAAACUCGUCGACGACGUGGCCGAUGAUCACGAUGAUUCCGCGUUCGACUCCGAGAAAGCCAUUGUUCAGAAGCGUGGAUUCCAUUGCAAGUUCUGCUCCACCCGCCAUUCACGACAGUGGCGCCGUGCGCCGCUUGUUCCACCAGGCACCGUUAUUCCGUCCGAGCCCUCAAACAAGAAAGACAAAGGCCCUAUGCUCACCGUUGCGCUCUGUCUUCGCUGUGCUCUGCUAUGGCGGAAGUACGGAAUUCAAUAUGAAGACGUCGAUGAAGUUGCAAAGAGGAUUGCAAGCAGUGGUAACAAGUCAUGGCGACGCCGCAUCGAUGAGGAAAUGCUCGCACAACUGAUUGUAGCUACCGAAACCCCGUUCACAAUCACCCCUGCUACGGCAACUACGGCAACUGCCAUGAGUAUUCCGCUUGAUACAAACCCUCGUCUCAUAAUGGAUGGAAAAGUGGAUGGCAAGGUGGAUGGCAAGGUGGAUGGCAAGGUGGAUGGAAAGAUGGAAGGAAAGGUAGAUGCGACGAAAAAGAAGGCCAAGGACACCCCCGCACCAUCAGCCGCGACAUCUGUCGAGCCUAUGCCGAAGAAGAAGACAGCCCCCGAGAAGGUGGUGGAAGCUCCACCAAUUGUUCCUGACCCACCAAAGGCCAAGACUCUUCCUUGUUCAAUCUGCAACAAAGUCGAGCCUUUGGGCGAAGAGCAUCUUUCAUGCCGGGAUUGCCGUUUGACAGUCCAUCGCAAUUGCUACGGGGUACGGGAUUCACGCGCCAGCAACAAAUGGCUGUGUGAUAUGUGCUCCAACGACCGCACUCCGUCAAUAUCUACAAACUAUACAUGCGUCCUUUGCCCAGUCUCAUGGACCGAGCACGAUCUCAUGGAGACGCCCAAGAACAACUCCCGGAAGAAGACCGAGCGUGACAAGGAAAAGGAGCGUAUGGAGAAGGAGAUGGUUGCCGAGGCAAUCAAACUCUACCGCCAGCGACAGGAGGCCGUUGGCAAGCCUGUCGGUCCUCGAGAACCUUUGAAGCGCACUGCAGGCAACAACUGGGCCCACGUGCUUUGCACCUUGUUCACUCCGGAGUUGAAGUAUGGCGAUGCGGAGGAGCUUGAGCCCGCGGAAGGAUUCGGAUCUAUUCCCAAGGAGCGGUGGCGUGAGACGUGUAAGGUUUGCAAGUCAAGUAAGGGCGCAUGUAUACCAUGUAGCUUUGCUGGCUGCAAUGCUCACUUCCACGUGGGCUGUGCUUUCCAAGCACACUACCGGUUCGGCUUCGAUAUAACACCCGUGAAGAGCUCGCGCCGUGAUAGCAUGCGAGCUAUUCGUCUGGGAGAAGAUGUUGGAGCAGCAACACCUGCCGUUUAUUGUCCAAAUCACAACGUGCCAACUGUUUUGCACGAAAUUGGUGAGCAGACAAACCAGGACCAUUUGAACGCCCUCCAGUUGUUCGCCCAGACCUAUAAACAGGCUGAUCUUACCCUCACUGGAACUGUUCGCAAGGCAGCGUACAUGCAUCAACAAUCUGUUGGAGCUCCGCCACACCCACCCACAAACGCGAACCGCCGGGCGUCGACAACUACUACGCCAGCUUCCAAGGAUACCCCAAAAGUUCAACCGGUUCUGGACGAGGUGACUGAAGAUCCCAUGGACAUCGAUACCGACAACCAUGUUGCACCACGACCGGUAGCUCCUGGCGUGGAGACUAACCGCAAAUGCGUCCGUUGUGCCACAGGCUUUAGUCCCAGAUGGUGGGCCAUUGGGCGACGACCUCCCAUGGUUAAUGGCUCAGGACACCCUCAUCAUGUACCCCAAGGUGGCUUCCCUCAGCACAAUGGAGAUCCUUGCGAACUGGCAUACGAAUGUCAUAAAUGUCACUUGAAGAACCCGGCGCCUCCUCCUCCGCCUGUACCCGAACCUACGCCCGACCAACGGCCUUCACCCUACUCUGCCCAACGUCCCAUGAUACCCACUUCACGAAUGCCCGGUCAUGCAGGUCAUCCGAGCCAUGCAGGCCAUGCAGGCCACACAUUUUUGCCCCACCCGCAUCCACACCAACACCCGCAUCCUCCUCCCCCAGGUAGCGUGCUCGGGCGCCCGAUGGCUCCUGCUCACCCACCCAGUGGACAUCCCGGACCAGGAUACACUGGACCAUACGAGCAACGCCUCACGCCCGACGUCGGUCUUCGCAACGGCAUGUCGCCAUCUCCUUAUCCCCAGGCACAGCCACCUCCCCAUCACAUGAAUAACUACCCGCCACCCCAUCCUGCAGGACCGCCACCUCAACACUAUACCAGCGCUGGGCCUUCGGGACCACCACCGCCCGUCCGCAUCCCCCCAAUCGUGCAAGCGACAACGAUCAACCGGUCACCCCAGAACUCCCUGAGUGCCCUCAAUGGCGGUCCACCUCCUCGCAUGUACUCUGUCGAGCGUGUGAUAGGAGCUCCCUCUCACUCACCGCCAGUGACGCAGGCACGUAUUGACCCCCGGGGACCAACCGCCACCCCUCCUACUCGACCGGAAGAUACACCACCUUCCCUGAUGGGCGGGCCACCAAGCAGUCGGCACUCUGGGGUCAAUGGCACAACUGCUGGGACUGGAGCGAGCGCAAGCCCAUCGCUCAAGAAUCUUCUCUCAUAA